AUGGAGGAUUGUGAUCUAAAGGAAGACAGAGGAGAACCUCCAGGAUCCAGCUGUCGAUCUAUGAGGAGUGACUGGUCCAAAGAAACACCUCCAGUCUUCAGUAAAGAACCUGGACCCUCAGAAUGGAGGAAGAGGAAGAGGAGCAGCGUUGGUGAGGAGGAGCAGCGGUCCUGCUGUGCUUUGUGUCAGAAGGUCCUGAUGGAUCCGGUCUCUACCAGCUGUGGACACUGGUUCUGCAGACAGUGCAUCACGUCAUACUGGGUCCAGUCUGCUCCAUCAGGACCCUCCUCCUGCCCCCAGUGUGGGAAAAGACCCAGAAGAGGAGCUGGACUGCUGGCAGCCAAUCAGAGCAGCUGUGCUCCAGAUGUUGGUCUGCAGGAGGUUCUAGAGGAACAUAAGAUCAGUCUGAGGAGGAGAUGUGAACAUGUGACUGAAGGAAGUGAUGAACCAGGAAGUAGAACCCUCCUCAACAGGAUCUACACUGAUCUCUACAUCACAGAGGGACAGAGUGAAGAGGUUAAUAGCCAACAUGAGGUGAAGCAGCUGGAGAGAGCUUCCAGGAUCCAGAACCUCCAUGACUCUCCAAUCAGGUGCCACGACAUCUUUAAAGCCUUACCUGACCAACAUGGAGCCAUCAGAGUGGUUCUGACCAACGGCGUCGCUGGUGUUGGAAAAACCUUCUCAGUGCAGAAGUUCACUCUGGACUGGGCCGAGGGCUUGGAGAACCAAGAUGUCCGUGUGGUGGUUCUGCUGUCGUUCAGGGAGCUGAACCUGAUCAGAGGUGAGCAGCACAGUCUUCUCACGCUGCUCCAUGUUUUCCAUCCAACCCUCCAGAAGCUCCCAGCAGAGCAGCUGGCUGCCCACAAACUUCUCUUCAUCUUUGACGGCCUGGAUGAAAGCAGACUUUCUCUGGACUUCAACCACAGUCGGCUUGUUUCUGACGUCACACAGAAGUCAUCAGUCGACGUUCUGCUGACAAACCUCAUCAAGGGGAACCUGCUUCCCUCGGCUCUGGUCUGGAUCACCUCCAGACCUGCAGCGGCCAAUCAGAUCCCUCCUUCAUGUGUUGCCAGGGUAACAGAGGUACGAGGCUUCACCGACGCCCAGAAGGAGGAGUACUUCAGGAGGAGGUUCAGUGAUGAAGAGCUGUCCAGCAGAAUCAUCUCCCACAUCAAGACCUCCAGGAGCCUCCACAUCAUGUGUGGAAUCCCAGUCUUCUGCUGGAUCACUGCUACGGUUCUGGAGAACAUGUUGACCACAGAGCAGAGAGGAGAGCUGCCCAAGACCAUGACUGACAUGUACUCUCACUUCCUGCUGGUCCAGACCAGGAGGAAGAAGAACAAGUACCAUGAAGGACAUGGGAUGAGUCCACAGGAGCUGAUGGAGGCUGACAGGGAAGUUCUCCUGAAGCUGGGGAGGCUGGCGUUAGAACAUCUGGAGAAAGGAAACAUCAUGUUCUACCAAGAAGACCUGGAGCAGUGUGGUCUGGAUGUCACAGAGGCCUCGGUGUACUCAGGAGUUUGUACAGAGAUCUUCAAGAGAGAGAGCGUGAUGUUCCAGAAAGAAGUCUACUGCUUUGUUCAUCUGAGCAUUCAGGAGUUUCUGGCUGCGGUCUACAUGUUCCACUGCAUCACCAGCAGGAACACAGAGGUGAUGAAGAAGUUCCUGGACGAAGAUUACACCAGCAGUAACACAGAGGAGGCAGAGAAAUUCCAGUGGAGAUUCCGUUGUCACACAUCUGACUUUAUGAAGAGAAUCAUGGAGAAAUCCCUCAGAAGUAAAAAUGGCCACCUGGACCUGUUUGCUCGCUUCCUUCAUGGCCUCUCUGUGAAGUCCAACCAGAGACUCUUAGGAGGCCUGCUGGGUCAGACAGAGAACAGUCCAGAAAUCAUCCAGAUAGUCAUCGACAACCUGAAGGAGAUGAACACUGAUGAAAUCUCUCCAGACAGAAGCAUCAACAUCUUCCACUGUCUGAUGGAGAUGAAGGACCUCUCAGUUUAUCAGGAGAUCCAACAGUUCCUGAAAUCAGAGAACAGAUCAGAGGAGCUCUCUUUGUUCCAGUGCUCAGCUCUGGCCUACAUGCUGCAGAUGUCAGAGGAGGUUCUGGAUGAGUUGGACCUGGAGAAGUACAACACAUCAGAAGCAGGACGACGGAGACUGAUUCCAGCUGUGAGGAACUGCAGAAAGGCUCGGUGA